UUCUACCUCGUCUUCUACUGCCAUCUCUCCUACAUAUCUAUGGUCGCUAUGCCAUCCCCAGCAGAUUGUAGUAUCUGUUUUGAUACGCAUUCUAUUGCCCUGCCGCUGAAAGCUUUGAAUCCCUGUGGACACUUGCUUCACGAGACCUGCGUUCGGGAAUGGCAGCUCGCGCGCAACAAGGACGGUCUCUCAGCCUUCCUAGAAUGUGCUAUAUGUCGCGCGAGAUUGGAAAAACCGUACUUCGCGAGCGUAUGGAUCACACCACUCAUUGACGAAGCAGCCGAAGCCAGCAAGCACCGAGCAGAUAACGAGCGAUUGUCCUUGAAACUUCAAGAGACAGCCCGAGAGACUGAACAAGCCAAAAAAGAGGCCUUACAUUGGGAGAUCGAAGCCAGGAAGGCCAAGUCGCUACUCGAGUCAUGUCAGGAGCGUGUUCAAAGUUCCGAUUCAAAUGCCAAAUAUUGGCAGAAAGAGACUGAAGAGGCGCAUGAUUCCACAGCCUUUUGGCAGGCCCAGAGCCUCAAAGACUUCGAAACAUCUCAGACACUCGUGUCGCAGAUACGCGAUAUUGUGGAUGGCUACGAAAGAGGCGAACCGAGUUUCAAGGACCCGCGCUCGGGAGUAACUAAGCAACAUAAACGCAAACUGGAAGAUAACACUUCACCACCGAGGACGAAGCGACAAAAGGUGGUACGCCAAAGCCACGGGAACACCCCAGAUUCAAGCACCACUCUUGAAAGGUCGAAUCCUCCCUGUCCUCCUUAUUGUUAUCCGGCACAACAGAUGGAAAACGGCGGGGAAGGAAAUCCAAUCGAUCUCACUUUCUCUUGA